UCAUCUUCACAUUAGUCGCAAUUUGCCCUUUGAAAGAUUUCUACACAAUUACGACGCCAAAAUGAAGGUGAAGAGCCCCGAGACCAAGCCAAGCAAGUGUAGCGUAAACAAGACAAUCGUUCCGGCCAGGAACCGAAUCAAGUACUCUGCUAGUCAGUUGAGCCAGCUGGAGAAGGUGUUCCUGUCCUCUCAGUAUCCUGACAGCUCCAUUUUGGAGGAUCUCUCCAACACCAUCAACAUCGACGUAGAGAGACUAUCGAUCUGGUUUCAGAACCGACGUUCCAAGUUCAAGAGACAGUCUAAAGGUGCUCACGUCAACUGGAUGAGACAGCAACUGUAUCAACAAGAAACAUCACAGUCCCGUGACAUAACGGCAACGGACAAGUGUCACGUGCUCACACCACCGACGACUAUCAAGAAAGAUGACGUGAAAGACAAACCCAAAUCAAAUCUUCACUACCUGCCCAGAACCGGAUCCGGCUACUCCUCACUGACGGACUAUGACCCAGUCUACAACCCCUUGAUGUUUCCAUCAUCUCACAACGUCUACAGCGCACUCACUGACGCAGUAUCCAGUACACGGCCUGUCCAGAGUUCUCUUCACUACCCACCUCUGAUGACAGAAACAUCGUUCCAAGUCACGCCAAGCCCGCAACAGUGGACGGAGUAUUCCAGCCAGUCCAACUUCACUUCUCCCCUAAGUCCAUACCACCAGAAUUAUCUCCUCAACUGCCUAAGCGAUCCCAUGACAUUUCCCCAGAUUGGUGUCUAGAUACAUUUGUGUUCAGAUGCCGCACGCGGGUGUAUACAUGAAUUCCAUGUCAAAUGGUUACAGCAGUCCAACGAUGAACUCAUCUUUGGCUUUCUUUGUUACUAUUAAUGUAUAUAUUGUUGUGUUUGCGUUAUGGAUUGCAAGUAUCA